UUUCGAAGUUCGAACGUUUGAAUAGUCUAGUGAUCGUAUCAUAUGGUCGACGAGUUUGAAAGCCGGGCGUGCUUGUUUAUUUUACGUUUGAUGGAUUAUUUUCACGAUCAGUGAAUUUCUAGUUUUUUUUCUUUGAGCUGAAAAUGAUGGCAAAUGCCCCAGUCAUUGUCAUUGAAGACAAUCCAUCAAACUUUUUGGAAUAUCGUUUACGAGGUCGACCUUCUAUCAUUUCGUUUGAAGAGUUGAAUUUGGGGCAUUCUUCUCUUCGUAAAAUCGCGCCUUACGCACUGAAGAUCAGGCAAACUGCACUUAUACCAACCCAACAGUUUUUCAGUUAUGCUGCAGUUGUGGCAACUAUCAAUGAAACCAGUUUAGCUUGCAUCAUUUUUGACUUGGUGAAUGCUGAUGAAAUAAUUGCUUACGCCGGGCAUUUUGUCACCCAAAAAAAUUUCCUAUUUGAUCCUGUUUUGAGAGAACCAGUUAUUUCAGAUUUCUCACUGUUGGACAGCCAACUAUAUCAUAGUCACUUGACUCUUUUUGGUACUGCAAAUCCAAAUCUGGUGCCGUUUCCAGAUUACUUUCUUCACAGGGUUAGUGAGUGUUAUCAAGAGCUGGUAACAAAAUCUCAGGAUAUGUUGAUGUCUACAUUACAGCAGCAAAACAAUGUUGUUUCCAUGUCAAAUGAAAGUAAUCAGGUUAUAUAUCUGCUGCGAGAACCACUGACAACAAGUUUUUACCAUGAAACAGCAUUGCCAAUCAGUAACAAGAGUGUGGAGAGAAUAACCCAGAAAAUUCAGCCCAUGGGAUCAGUCAAAGUAGUCUAUGGUAAACUGGGAUCUUUCCUUUCUCAUUCGUACUGCCAACCCAAAGCCACCAAAGAUGCUACCAAUUUCAACGCAGUUGACGAAAUCGAUGGCCGAACCACUUAUUACUCUGCACACGAGGAGCCAGGGCUCAUGUCAUUUUACUACACGAGUUACCUGCUAGGCAGCUUGCGAGACCGUCAUGUUGUCGGUGUACUAGAAGAGGAUAACUUCUUCAUCAUGGCCACCAAGCGAGUCUACAAAAGAAACUCGCCCGCUGUUCCAAUCAGCCCCGAGAGUCUGGAGGGAUCGGAAGUUUUAAAAAAGAUCCACCUGCCUUCCACGCUGUCCCUGUCACAGGUGUUGACCAUGUUGGAGCUACGUCAAAUCCUUCGCCACCCUUUCAUGUUCCCUGACGAAAUUGAAGCCAUCACAAAGUCAUUUGGAUUCGACGAGAGUAAUAAUAUGAGCCGCAAUUCACUUGCUCAUCUUUUAUCGAGCAUGAACACUUCGAGUAGCGACUUCAGCUCUGCUCCAAAUGCCGUGGGUAGUGUUAAUCUUCUGGCAAUCACAAAAACUCCACAGGCUCCUUUUUCAACGCCCCAAGCUAAUCCAACUACUAUAACUGAGAUCCCCGAUGUUGAUUUGGCUGCUCAUGAGAUCCUUUUCGUCGUUUUCUCAGGGGAGCCUGGUUCUUUCUUUGGAAAGCUGGGAAGAAUACCGAUCAAAGAUCAAGACGAAAUGGCCACUGAACUUUUGAACGUCUACUCUUCGCUACCCAAUCCUCCCCUUUUGUAUGGCGAUGGCAAGAGUCGCUUGGGUCAUUAUGGUGUUCUGCAAUGGAACGAAGACCAAAAUUACCAUCGUUUCCGUCGCGUCCUCAUAAUCAGUGAGCUGCCAGACGGGCUCGUCGAAAUCUACUUCAUCGACUUCGGGAACAGUCUCUGGAUACCACGCCUCAAAAUCCUGGCCCCUCUGGAUUGUUUGAACCAUUUCCGCCAGCCACCGCACGGCAUCCAUUGCAAACUGGAUGGCAAUUUCUCCUUUACUGCCUCGGAAUGGAAAAGCCUCGUCCUGGACAAAUGGGUCGAAGUAAACGUUGGAGAGUGCAAGGAAGGAAACUAUUCCGUUACUUUCACAGACAAUUCAAUCAAUAAAAAGGUUGCAGAUGUCGUUCGAGCAAAGGCCACACCUGCAUCUAUUACCAAAGUUGAAAUACCAAAUACGAAACGGUAUUCUUUACCACUAGCACCCGAGUUUGUUCUACCAAAAGCUUCGCCUCCGUUGAUCUUGGAGACUAAGCCAACCAAGGAUGCUCCGUCGAAAUUUGCUCCCCAAAACUUGGCUUUUGUUCCAGAGCAGAUUAUUUCUACCCAUGCCGUUGCACCUUUCGCCAAGUCACUUGCCGAGUUCUGGAUUCAGCUAGAACCUCAAUCGGUCAACGUCAUAAUGGAGCGCAUCGACAAAUUUAUCCUUGAUCCCCAGUUCGUCAACCAAAAGGAAUUCUCCGCAAGCAUCGGCAAGCCUUGCCUGGCUUUCUUCAACGUUGAUGGAUUCUGGUACCGUGCGGUAAUCGAAGCGAUCGACGGAGAUUCCGUCACCGUCUGCUAUGUCGACUACGGCAACAGUUCAGUUUUACAGACCAACUAUUUGCGCGAACUACCCCUGGAUUUGAUCAAGUUGCCACCCUUGGCUUUCAAAUGCUGCCUUGAUGGGGCAGAUGCCUUUCACAAAAAUUUUGCCGAAGCUUUGGAAAGUCGUUUAGUUGAACUCUCUGCCUUCCCCGUCAAAUAUUUGGGAACCGUCGAUGGACUCCUUCGUGUCCAGCUCAGCACUUCUGAUGGUGUAUCUCUGGUCCAGCGCCAAUUGUCCACAUCGCCCUUGAGUCACGCACCACAGAACGUCAAUUUCGCUCCAGAGCAGAUGAUUUCUUCUCGUGCUGUGGCCUCGCACAUCAAGUCGCUGACCGAACUUUGGAUUCAGCUGGAGCCGAAGACCGUCAAUUCCAUUAUGGAACGCCUUGACGUGUUGGGCCGCCAUCCGGAAUUUAUCAACAAGAAGAACUUUGUUGCUUCCGUCGGUAAGCCGUGCCUGGCUUUUUACCGUGAGCCAGAUGAUUUCUUCCCUGAUGACGGACAAUGGUAUCGCGCCGUGGUUGAAAGCGUCAAUGGAGACACCGCCAGAGUCUACUAUUUUGAUUACGGUCACACUUGUGAGGUGCAGACCAGUUUGUUGAGAGAUUUACCCUCGGAUUACGCCAAGCAACCGGCGUUGGCAUUCAAGUGUUGCCUGGAUGGAGCGGAAUCUUUCUCCAAAGUCGCCGCCGAUGCUUUUCUUGAUCGCUUCGUUAAACGUGCUUUCUUCGCCGUUAAAUUCAUCAAGGUCGUCGACGGAGCCCUUCACAUUCGUCUCUUUACUUUAAAUGGGGUGGAUCUUUUCGAAAAGCACCGCAAGAUAUUGACUCCGCCUUCGUCACCGGAAACUUCAGCGAAAGCAGAUGAGAACGAUUUUUCGACACCUUUUGCAUUCCUUGCGACUCCAUCACACAAAUGAACCAGUUCAUUUUCUCCAAAACAAUUUCAAAAUUCUUCUUACGACGACGGAAAGUCUUAAUUCUAUAGAGAGAGAGAGAGAACAAUUAUUUUAUGAACUCGGUCAACAAAUAUUCAGCUUUUCUUUUCAACAGUGUUAACACACCCAGCCUUCUUUUUGCAUCUUAAUUGUUACAAUAUUAUAGUAAAGAUGUUUAAUUCCUUUCGGUCUUCACAAACUAUUUCCCAACAAAAAUUUUUAUAUUAGGCUGCGGUUGUUUCAUUUUCUGUGCAAGAAAUAUUUAUUUUGGUUUCAUUACUUUCGUGACUACGUUUCCUUUUUUCACGUUUUUUCCACUGUGACUGCGUUAAUUAUUUUUGUACUUGUCCUGUUGCACGUCACCCUUGUACUUCUUCCGUUCUGAAAUUCUUAAUAAAUCAUAUUUGUUCCUUGUA